AUGUGGGACACCUUGACAACCAAAUACCCCUUGCUUCAGAGGGGAUCGAAAGCAACCCCGCUGGUAACGUUAUCCACUAGUUAUGACCAAGAUACACAAGAGAAAUGGGCAAACAAGGGACUAUAUCGAAUUGCAGAUGCUCUUGAGGGGACUAAGGUUAUAACUUUCCAUCAGUAUGCUGAACUCAAAAGGUCGGGGGUUGCCAGUUGGUUUCACUACCUUCAGUUGAGAGCCAGGGUAGCUGAAGUUUUAGAUGAUCCCAUUCUGGAGAAGUUGCUUCCCCAGCAUAGAAGCCAGGUGUUGGACAGAAUCUCAGCGUCUUUGCCUCUGCAGGUCACAGCCAACCUGAUCAGCCAUGAAGACUAUUGGAGACGUUGCAGUGCUGAGCGCUGGCCCAUCUGUGACAUUUCUCGCUAUGGGGGCAGUUGGAAGAGGCUGUUCUUUGAGCGACACCUUGAGAACCUCAUUGAAUGUUUUAUCCCAGAUAUUACAGAUACUGGGCCCAUUGUAAUGGCAGCUCAACUGGGUAAAGACUAUGUUAAGAAAUUAGAGAUCCAACAGCUGCUGCCUCCUGUGAAACUGAACAUAAAGCAAGAUGAUGACCAGGAGGAUUUUUCUGACAUUGGGAGUGAUAUUGGAGAUGAUCUGCCCUCAAUGGACCACUUUGAUCUGGGCAUAAUGGCUAAUUCCUUACAUGGUCUAGAGGAGCUGCAUCUAGUGUACGGUGUCAAGGGCUGUGGUAUGAACUUUGAGUGGAACCUCUUUACGUUCACAGAACGGGACUGCACUUCACUGGCUAACACAUUCAAGGUCCUCAGGAACCUGAAGGUCUUCAGUCUUCAGAAGAGUAAAGUGGACGAUGAGAAGGCUCGUAUCCUGAUCAGGAUGUUGCUGGACCAUCCAUCCCUGAUCCACCUGGACCUGUCCCACAACCAGAUAUCGGAUCGAGGUUCCAGAGCCGUGGGGAAACUACUGAGUCAAAGCAAGCUGCAGAUCCUGAAUCUGUGCAACAACAACAUACACGCUCAUGGAGCUCAGUCCAUCGCCCGUGCACUGGCCAAGAACACAAGCCUGACUUCCCUGAACCUCAGGCUAAACCACAUGGGAGAUGAGGGCGGGCAUGCCAUGUGCCAGGCGCUUCUACUGAACCAGAGCUUGGUGACACUACACCUGGGGAGCAAUAAACUGUCUGAGCCCACUGCCACCAUGUUGUGUCAGGUCCUGUCACAGAACACAACUCUAAAGAGUAUAAACCUCUCCUGUAACAACAUCGGAUUGGACGGGGGGAAGCAGCUGCUGGAAGGAAUGUCGGACAACAAGACUCUCCAGGAAUUUGACCUGCGCCUGACAGAAGUGGGACAGGAGAGUGAGUUCUUUAUCAACCAGGUGCUGAAGAACAAUCAGGAACGCACCCGUGUGGUUGCCAUAAGUAAGCAGGUGAACACUUCUGGCUGAAGCCACCUGAGCAGUUUAAUCAGGCUUCUCUUUUACUGUCACGGCCCCCGGCACAUCCUGUCUGACAUCUGAUAUCUAAAUAAAAAAUAUUUUUUAUAAAUG